AUGAAUGGCCAGACCAGUACUACUGUGAAGGGAAGUAAUGGUAAACUCGUAGGCAGUGAUGUAGAACCCAGUUCGCCGGUUCAUCUACCGGUGGAGGACCCCGCCCGGGAUGAGAACGCCUCACCCGUAACUGCAGAGAAUCCAAUGAUGCCACAAGUUGUCGUUGACCCGCGAAAAGAUCUCUGGCAGAAUAUUGCACUAAACACCAAAGAUAAUCAACCCACACAGACAGAAAUAAACUUGUUAGUUGUUGGUACUUCAGGUGGAGGAAAAACUAGUGUCUUACAUCGUAUUUUUUCAUCUAUAAGUACAUCUGGUAGUGCUGUUAGUAAAGGGAGUGUAAAACUGAAGCCAACAACGGCAUUGGAUUACACCUUUGCAAGGCGAACGGAUCGACAUGUUUCACAAAUAGCACAUUUAUGGGAAUUGGCUCAAGGUACAGAGUUAUCACAACUAUGUGAUGUUGUUAUUACACCAGACAAUAUUCAUUCCAUGUUGUUAAUGAUUGUAGUGGAUUGCUCUGAUCCUUCCACUAUGUGGGAGACGGUGACGUAUUGGUUAAAGCGUGUGGAUCGUCGUAUGAAUGAAAUUAUGCAAAAGAUGCGUGCAAAAGGUUCAACCACACCUGAUAAGUUAAUCAAUCGAUGUAUGCGAACAUUGGGCGUGGAUCAUCCCGACAAGGAUCGCAUCCGCAUUCCCGGUCUACCCAUUGUUAUCGUCUGUAAUAAAUUAGACGCCUUUGCGGGAGACAUGCCUCUCAUGAAGACAAUGGUACGUUCCAUGCGAUUCCUCGCCCAUCUCUACGGUGCGUAUUUAAUCUUCACGGCAGAGACGGACGCCAGCAAACUGCGGGCGUUGAUGAAUCAUCUCGUCUUUCUCGUCCCAUUCGACCCGCGGCUGAUUGAACUCGACCCCGAGCGUGGCCCUGUUCUCGUGCUGCCAGACACCGACACCUUCGCCGACAUUGGCGACCCGACGGUGUGCGAUAUGAGUGACUUCCGCUCCACCGGCGACGCGGAGAUCGACCGCUGGAAGGCCCCGUUCGACAGUCUCUUUCCACCCAAACACGUGGACGGCAGGCGCAACAGCGAUCCGUUUCUCAAGCGGCUGUACGAUGCCGGCGAGAAUGGGUUUGGGGAGCCGGCCAUUGAUGCGAUGCGCAAGCAGAAGGAUGAUGAGUUGGAGCAGUACAGGAAGGGAGCCUCUAAACGGGAAAAGAACGGGACCGAGGAGAAGGAAAAGGGAAAGGGAAAGUCAAAGAAGGAAAAGGAGGUAAGUUAG